AUUUUGUCUAAUGGAAUUUAGUUUUCUGCAACUCAUGAUCUUCCAACAAGUAUUGGUUUUCUAGGUCUUGGAAUUAUGGGCAACCCAAUGGCACAAAAUCUCAUAAAAGCAGGAUGUGAUGUGACAGUUUGGAAUAGGACCAAGAGCAAAUGUGAACCCCUUAUCUCCUUGGGUGUAUAUGCCAAUUUUGGUUAUGCUGCAGACUUAAGUUUGUUUGUGUUGGCCUUCAGGAAAUGUGUGUUUAAACUUAGAUUACCCAACAGUGAAGUAGACAAUGGUAACUUCAGGGUCUUUUCUGCACAUACAAAUCAUCCCCUGAGGAGAUUGCAGCAUCUUGUGAUGUCACAUUUCCCAUGCUUACAGACCCCGACAGUGCAAUCAGUUUUCAGUUUAUUUAAGUGGGAAACUGUAACAACAAAUGGCCAUGAAUUUGAUACUCUACUUGGAAAAUGUUGCUGCUGAUCUCCUCUUUUCAUUCAAACUUUGGGACACGAAAGGCUAUCAUCUAAGCACAAAAACAAAUGUGUUUCCCUCAAAUAGCCUAACCUCACUUUCACGUCUGUGUAUGUUUCAUUUGUUGUAUACUAAAAUUUCAUGAUAUCACAUAAAUUGAGAUAAAAAAUACUAAUAUAUAUUGGGCCCCGUGCUGGCACGGGAUCGAGUAUCUAGUCUUGAGAAUAAGAGUGGAUCAGUGAAGGG